AUGGGUGAUGGUGGGAUUGAUUUAUUUGUAUUAGCAAAACAAGCAGAAGGUACUGUUACUUAUUCUAUAAAUGCAUGUAAUGAGGCAAGUAACUCAAAGCAACAAAUUAUUCUUUGUACGAAAGAUAAUGUGAUUGAAAAAAUCAAAGCAACUAAAUUAAAUUUAGAAAACAAAGAGUUACAAAAAAAUUCAUUUGAAUUAAAUGAUUUGGUAAUCAAAAAUCUUGAAAUCGAUUCUGAUGAAUCUACUAUAUAUUUGUUUGAUAUAAAAAUUGAUAGAAAAUGUAGAAUUGGAUCUAUAUAUAUUAAAGAUUUUAAAAUAAAAAAACAUAUUACUGAACUUGAGAUUUUAUUAAAAAAGUUAAUUGACAAUAUUAACAACAACAAGGAAUAUUCUUUAAAACAAGAAUAUUUAUUAGAAUGUUAUCAAAUCAAAAUUGACAGUGAAUAUAAUAAUAUCUCUAAAGAUGUAGAAAAUGAAUAUGUAUAUAAAAUCAAACAAGAAAUAUUAAGACAAUUAAAGAGAAAAUAUCCUAAUGAAGUAGUUAGAAGAAAAAGAAUUAAGACAAAAGAACCAAAAAUUAUUGUAUUAAUAGAAGCUAUUGGUGUAGAAAAAUCAAUAUUUGGAGAAAAAUUUAAGAGUUAUUUAGAAGAAAAAGGAUAUAAAGUUUAUCGACCAGUUGAAGCAUCUUUAAUUUUCAAUGAUGAAUUAAAACUCUUUUGCAAAGACCCAAAAAAUAAUACUUUAUUUUUCAAUAUACAAUUUUAA